AUGUCGACCGAUAGUUUUGUUAUUGAGGUCGUCAAUAAACUCAAGAAACAAGGACUCUUUGAUCAGUUUAGGAAAGAAUGCCUGGCCGAUGUCGACACGAAGCCAGCUUAUCAGAAUUUGCAGACGAGAGUGACAGGGGAGGUGAGUCGAUACUUGUCGACUGUCAAAUGGAAGCAGGACAUUAAUAAAAACCAACUGAGAGAACAUUUAAGAAGACAUCUUAAUGAGUUACCAAUGUUAACAGCAGGCAUAGAAAGAGUAGUUGAUCAAGUAGUGAAACCAAAGAUAUUUCAGUCACUGAAGCCACAGAUAGACAAGGUCGUCUGCGAACAUCUCAACAUUAAUUAUGAUGCAUGGCUCAAAGGACAGAGUUCUGGUUAG